AUGUCCGACAUUUUUUGUCAUCAUGUUGCACAUCCAAUCCUUUUCUCUUUGUCCACCCUGUCCGAUUGCUCCCAGUCUGGCCUUUCUCCGUUACACGUGGCUGCAUUCAUCGGGAACCCCGAAAUCGUUCAAAUGUUGUUACAACACGGAGCGUUUGUUGACCAGGCAACCAUGCGCAUGGAAACUGCUCUGCAUCUGGCGGCACGUAAUCGUCAAGUUGAAGUAGCUCGUGCAUUGAUCCUUCAUGGAGCCACUGUAGACGCCAAAGCCAAGGAUGAUCAAACCCCGCUGCAUAUGGCUGUGCUCACCGGAAAUGUGGAACUGGUUGCAUUGCUUCUUUCUGCUCGGGCUGAUCCGAAUUUGCACACCCGGGACGCGUACACGGCAAUGCAUAUCGCCGCCAAAGAAGGUCAUCCGGAAGUGAUUCGUCUGCUACUGGAUGCCGGGGCUAGUUCGAGCGCACGAACCAAGCAGAAAGGAUUUACACCGCUUCAUUUGGCCGCUAAACGUGGUCGUUUGAACGCCGCACGUCUCCUCAUUCAAGCUCAGCCGAAGAAUGUGAACGCAUUUGGGCAGAAUAAUCUCACUCCACUGCACGUGGCCACACACUACAAUCACUUGCGACUGGUCGAACUGUUGUUGGAUCACAAUGCGGAUGCAAACUGUUCUGCCGGGAAUGGAUACACACCGUUGCAUAUUGCAGCCAAACAUAACCACUUUGAUAUUGCAACCUUGCUUCUCGCUCACGAGUCCGAUCACAUGCAAAGUGGGAACGCUGAGUCACGUAGUGGUUUUACUCCACUCCAUCUGGCCGCUCAAGAGGGUCACAUUGAUAUGGUCUCAUUGUUACUCCAGCAUCAGGCUAAUCCAAAUCACCAGUCCAAGAAUGGUCUUGCCCCGCUACAUCUGGCCGCACAAGAGAACCACGUGGCUGUCGCUCAGGUCCUGCUCGAUGCUGGUGCACAAGUUUCACCCGUCACUCGAGCCGGAUACACCCCGUUGCAUACAGCCUGUCAUUUCGGUCAGCUGGAAAUGGUUCGAUUUCUCUUGGAAUUGCCCAACGCUCCGGACAUUAAUCAACGCACACAAUUGGGCUUUACUCCAUUGCAUUUGGCCACACAACAAGGUCAUUCUCAGGUUGUGCAACUCCUACUCGAAAUGGGUGCAGAUACCAACGUGCGAAAUCAGCAAGGUUUAACUCCGGCGCAUAUCGCUCGCAAACAACACUAUGUGACAAUUUUCGAUAUACUGAAAACAGUCACUACCACAGUUGUCAGUUGGGAAGAAGAACGGGAAGAGUUGGGUGAAACCUUGAUGCUCGACCAUCCCGACGAUAUGCGUGAGCAUCCACUGGCGGAAUCGGAUGAGGAAGCCGCUCCAUCCCCGAUCACUCCUCGGAAAACGCCUCGGACUAAACCGAAAACGGACGAGAGUUUGGCUUCCGGUGCCUCUUACGGAGACCAAAAAAGUCGCACGGGCACCUUCAGUAUGGGUGUUGAUACAACCUAUUUGUCCGUCGGUGAAAAUGAUGAUAUUUGGGGUCAGUUGGAGUAUAUGCGCUCAACACUGAGUGAUGAAAAUACCAGCGAAAUCGCUUCACCGCAAAUCACCUCUGUGGUCGAAUCCGCUGUUCACAGUCCAAUUCCCAGAGAGGAAACUCGGAUGUACGGGGAGGCUGCACAGGUUGGCGGUGAUUGGGAAUUGGAAUCGGAAAAUGUGACCAUUAUUCGCAAACCGGUAACCGCUGGUUUCCUUGUCUCGUUUCUGGUCGACGCCCGUGGUGGUCUGAUCCAAGCUCAACGACAUCCCGACCUACGCUUCCUGAUCCCGCCCAACGUUAUCAGCGGUCCAGUUCGCAUUGUCUGUCGGAUGUUACAUCCGGCUCGCGUCCCUGUCCCUCCACCCAUGAACGAUGGUGAUGGAUUUGCAUGUCGCAUGUUAGAAUUAGGUCCGGUCGGUACCCGAUUUAGUUCACCGAUUGUGUUGGAAAUUCCACACUACGCUUUUCUGGCGAAUAAAAAUCGGGAAAUCAUUGUUCUCCGAUCGGACAACGGUGAGACGUGGAAAGAGCACCCUCUGGAUGCAAACGAUCAGACCGUACAGGACUCGAUCGAUGGCUAUUUCGAUUCGGUUGGAACCAUGGAUGAGCUACGUCAGCGUGCUGUACAUCGCAUUCUCACCUACGAUCUACCCCAAUACUUUGCUUUGGUCACUCGUGUACGUCAAGAACUCAUUCUCAUCGGUCCCGAAGGUGGACAACUAACAUCCGCGGUUGUGCCCAGUGUGCAAGUCCAAUUCCCCCAGGGUGCGUUGCACAAAAAGAUUCGUGUCGGACUGCAAGUGCAUUGUAUCGAACAGGAAUUGGUCUCACGUCUUUUGGGCGCACGCGUCUCUGUCUCCCCGAUUGUCACCAUUGAACCGAGACGUCGCAAAUUUCACAAGCCGAUUGUCAUCACGAUGCCAUUGCCAAAAAGCUCGGUGGGUGCAAGCGGUACCGGCGGAGCCAGUAGUGAUAAUGCAUCACGCUCGUUGAUUGGAUCACCCAGUCUGCGUUUGCUUUGUUCAAUCAGUGGCGGUACUUCACCGACCGUGUGGGAGGAUAUCACUGGCAGUUCACCGCUUUCCGCACACAAUGAUGCCGUGUCGUUCACUACGACUGUAUCUGCCAGAUUGUGGCUUGUGGAUUGUCCUCAUGUUACCGAAGUGGUUGAACUGGCCAGUCGUGUCUAUCAUGAAUCGAUGUCUGUUCCCUAUAUUGGUCGAUUUAUUGUCUACGGACGUCGACACCACCAGGAAGAAGCACAACUACGCUGUCUAUGUUUGACAGACGAUCCAGUCGAGAAGACUUUGGAAGCCCAGGAAGGCUUCCAACUGCUCGCGACUGGUCCACAGAUUGAAGUUUUAGACGAUCAUCCUUACUGGAUCGAGACAGCCGGUAAUCUGGUCCCAGUCGCCAAAACCGAGGAACAACUCCAACUCACUGUUCACGCAUUCCAC